AUGGCAAUUAUUUCUGUUACAGAUGGAGAUGUAAACCAAUCACUUUGUGAGCCAUGUGGAAGAAAAAAUGAAACGAAACAAACUACAACUGAAUGUAAAAGAUGCAGUACUCAGUUAUGCCAGGUCUGUUUUGAACUUCACGAAUCGCUUAAAAAUUGUCCAAACGAUGCCAGUAAAGACACACAGGAGUCAUUGAAACGCAAACGUGACAAUGAAUCUGCUAAAACAGAUAUAAAGCAGGACGAGCAAGAUAAUAAAAAAUCCAAAAUAUCAGGCGAUACCACAAUUAUUACACAGCAAAGUAAGCGCCACAGUGGUUUACCAUGCAAACGUUGCAGAGAUGAAGAUAAAACACAAGAAGCAACUUUUUAUUGCACUGACUGCGAAAUUCCUCUUUGCUCAGAAUGUUCUGAUAUCCAUAAGACUAACAACAAGACGAAACAUCAUUCAAUAUCCAAUGAUGUAAUAAGUUGCAUACUUAUGUCAGAAAAACGCAGAAACGAUGGUGAACAGUCGAAAGCUAUAGAAGUUAUUCCGAUGGAAAUAGAAAGUGAUGCAUGUACCAUCACAAGUAAUGUCAUAUCCUUAUGUCUUUUAUUUCUUUACUAA